UAGCUGCUGACAGCCGGCAUGAGUCAGAGAGAAAUCACAUAGAAGCUGGAUAAUGGCUGCAAUUCAUGAAGGACGGGAAUUUGGGAUCGGGGACUUUGUUCUUCUCGAGUCCCUGAACCUUAAUUCUUUCACUGACAACUUGAAACUGAGAUUUCAGAAAGGCCGCAUCUACAGUUACAUUGGUGAAGUGGUAGUGUCUGUGAAUCCGUAUCGCCAGGUGGACAUCUACGGCAAUGAUUACAUUGAAGAGUAUAGAGGGCGUGAGAUCUACGAGCGACCGCCGCACAUUUUUGCCCUCGCUGAUGCGGCGUAUAAAACGAUGAAGAGAAGGUCCAAAGAUACUUGUAUUGUUAUAUCCGGUGAAAGUGGCUCUGGUAAAACUGAGGCAUCAAAGAUUGUGAUGAGAUACAUUGCAGCGGUUACUAAUGUUUACCAGCAACAGGAAGUACAUGAAGUAGAGAGAGUCAAGAAUGUCCUCAUUCAAUCCAACUGCAUUCUUGAAGCCUUCGGGAAUGCCAAGACCAAUAGGAAUGACAACUCAAGCAGAUUCGGCAAAUACAUGGAUGUCAACUUUGAUUUCAAGGGGGACCCCAUCGGGGGCCACAUCAAUAACUAUCUCCUUGAGAAGUCAAGAGUUGUUCAUCAGCAGCCAGGAGAGAGAAACUUCCAUUCCUUUUAUCAGCUAAUCUAUGGAGCGCCUGACAACAAGUUACAAGAGUUAUACCUGACGCGAGACCCAUCCAUGUACGAUUAUGUCAGCCAGGGCGGUGACACCAAAGUACCCUCUAUUAGCGACAGGAAGGACUAUAAAACCGUCAUGGAUGCUAUGAAGGCAAUCGGAUUCUCUUUCAAACAUGCCGAGUCAUUAUGGAGGAUUGUUGCUGGGAUUAUACAUAUGGGGAACAUGACAUUUGAGGCGGAUGGAGAACACGGGGACCAUGGCAAGGUUGCAGAUCAAGACAUUUUGAGAAUUGUUGCAGAACUCUUUGGAGUUGAAACAGAUCAACUCGCCAAGGCGUUGUGUUCACGGACAGUGGCGGCACGCGGUGAGGUAAUGGAGAAACGGCUCACGUUAGAGGAGGCGAUGUAUGCAAGGGAUGCAUUUGCCAAGGCGACUUAUGACAGGUUAUUUUCGUGGAUAGUCGGUCGAAUAAACCAGUUGAUCGAAGUGAAAGGCGAGAUUAUUCAACAUGGCAAGAAUACUGUCAUUGGGGUCCUUGACAUUUAUGGAUUCGAGAUCUUCCAGAACAAUAGUUUUGAGCAGUUCUGCAUCAACUACUGUAAUGAGAAGCUACAACAGCUGUUCAUUGAACUGGUGUUGAAACAAGAGCAAGAUGAAUACCAGAGAGAGGGAAUUGCCUGGCAGCAUGUUGACUACUUUGACAAUAAAGUGAUCUGUGCUUUAGUGGAGGAGCAGCAUAAGGGUAUCCUGGCCAUCUUGGACGAGGCAUGUCUCAACGUGGGAAAGGUGACUGAUGAGAUGUUUUUAGAAGCCAUGAACCAGAAGUUAGGGAAGCAUGCGCAUUUCACGAGCAGAGGGUUGGUCCCCCUGGAUAAGACCCUCGUGCAUGGCCGCGACUUCCGCAUUCUGCACUAUGCUGGUGACGUGGUCUACAGUGUUGAGGGCUUCAUUGACAAGAACAAGGACUUGCUCUAUCAAGACUUCAAGAGGUUGCUCUACAACAGCUGUGACCCUCUUAUAUCCAGCAUGUGGAUGGACGGAGCCCAGGAUAUCACCGAGGUGACAAAGCGACCUCUGACUGCUGGCACGAACUUCAAGAAUUCCAUUGUCGCUCUUGUCGACAAUCUUGCGAUGAAGGAACCGUACUAUGUGCGUUGUAUCAAACCAAACGAGGAGAAAUCGCCUUUACUGUUCAAUGUGGAGAGAGUUCAACACCAAGUGAUGUACCUCGGCCUCUUGGAGAACGUCCGAGUCAGGAGAGCAGGGUUUGCAUACCGCAUGUCCUAUGUUCGCUUCUUACAAAGGUACAAGUGUGUCUCUCAGUUCACGUGGCCAAACUUCCGUGGCUGUGACAAAGAUGGUGUAAAGGCCAUAAUGGACGAACGUGGAUUCACGUCUGAUGUUCAGUAUGGCCGAAGCAAGGUGUUCAUUCGGUCACCGAGGACGAUCUUCAUGCUGGAGGAGGAGAGGACGAAAAUGAUUCCAGGCAUUGUAAUCUUCCUACAAAAGAUGGCCCGAGGUCUGAUUGCCCGUGUCAGAGUUAAGAAAAUGGUUGCCCUGUUGAAGGUGAUGGGUGCGUUCAAGAGAUACAAGAUGAGGCAGUAUGUGAAACAAGUAAUCAACACAUUCCAUGGUGUGGAGCGGAUGGCAGACUUUGGAAAGAGUAUUCCAUGGCCUCAGCCUCCUCAAGUACUGACCACAUUUCAGAACCAGGUCAAGAGCGUACAUGAAAGGUGGCGUGGACACAUGAUCCUGAGAGGAGUGUCACGUGAAGAAAGGCCGCAACUGCGUCUCAAGAUCCUGGCAGCAGACGCAUUACUCAACAAGAGGAAACACUGGGGUUAUGAUAGGAAAUGGGAGGGCAAUUACUUGGCAUCGGUUCAUGAAAACAACGACACUGCCUCUUAUGUUGCAUCAAUGGCAAACUUGAAAGCCACUGACAAAUUCUCGAAGAUCGUAUUUUCUUGUAUAGCCAAGAAAGUCAACAAAUUCAACAAAAGUACCGACAGAGCCAUCGUCUUCACAGACAAGUUCAUCUACAAGUUGGAGCCGAAAAAAUUCAAGAAGAUGAAGAGUGGAAUUGCUUUGACCAGUAUUACAGGAGUGAGUGUUAGUCCUGGUGAAGACCAGCUGGUCAUUGUACAUCUGCACGGUGGUAAUGAUCUGGUCAUGUGCCUUUGUGGUCGAAACAAUGAGGAGCGUGUUGGAGAAUUGGUGGGAGUGCUCUGUCGGCUGUGGCAAAGAACCCAGAAGAAAGAUCUGCGUGUGAUUGUAAACAAACGUCUGAACUGCAUGCUGGGAGAUAAACCUAGAACGAUUGGUAUUCACCCCACUGCCGCCAAUGGGGGACCAACAUUUAAAAAGGAUGGCACAGACCUUGUGUUGCUUUGGUCAAAAUAAAAAAAGAUGGUUCCAUUGUACCAAUAACAUUUGUGACCCAGGACAACAGGAUAUGUUGCAUUGACCCGGAAACGAGUCAAUAUCAUUUGCACUGAGUUUCAAAAACUCCUUUUGAAGUGAAGUGAGCUGGCAUAUCAGUACCACAUAUCUCCUGCAGUGUUUGACUGUUUUGCCCAAAGUUACCUGGGUUAUUUGCACCAAUGAAAUUUGUCGUGUGAAUGAUGCCGUAGAAAGCUGUAGCCAACCGAAUAAAGUUUAGGAAGGUCUCGUGGUGAAGUGGUUAUGGUGGUGUGGAUUGAGGUUAUAAAGCUGUGUUUGGUGAGGGAAUGUUUUAUUGCGGACAUGUUUGCUUAUAAGUAACUGAUCACGACUCAAGUAAUCACCACAAGCAAUGUUAAAAUGUUCAGCUCUCUUCAUCCUCCAUGACAUUUUUGAUAAAAGAUAUUGUGUUGUUUUUUACGCCUCGAUAUACUUAGCCAGGAAUUGAUAGCUUAACACAAUAUGUGAAUUGUAUGUACGUUCCCAUGGUUUAGAGACAAUCUAUACUCUUGUUGUACAUGAAGACUUCUCCGGUGUCUGUGUAUACUUAUAUUUCCCUUAUUUCAAAUUGUUUUGUUGAUCUGAGUUAAUAUUUGUGUGUGUGGACCACUCUGCUUGAUAUUUUUUGUUGCUUUUGGUUUACGUUUGCCAAAUGUUCAUUUGCAGGGAUUAGAGGGCCGUUUCUUUUUUUGAGGAAGGGUUGUCAUAGAUCUGUAUGGCCUUAGAUCAAUAUACUCCUCUUUAAAUGGUUUCAAUACUCAAACUUUCAAAAGUACUGCUGAGAAAUGCCUUUUACUUCCAAGGAUCACAUUUUAUACACAUUCAAAUCUUCCAUAUUGAUUCAUGAAAAAUGGGCAACAUCAAAGUCAAAUGGUGUGCUUUUCACUAAAGUCACCUUUGGCUGAUAGGGUAAUUUUGCCUGAAACCAAUUGAAUUAUAGUUAUGGGGUAAGGUAAACAUGUAAAUAUGUCUUUUUGAUUUUGUCUUUGGCAUACUUUGAGUACAUUCAUUAUCAUGUCUAUGAUUAUUGUGCAUUGUGUAUUCCAAAGCUCGCUAUGUAUUCCAGUGUCAAUUAUUAUUGUGUUGUAUCUUUGCAUAACUAACAAUUGAAGGUCCUUUUAACUCUUUGACUGCCAUUGCCAUUAAUAUAGGUUUGGAAAAGUCAUCAGUUGACUGCCAGGGACGUAGCUCUGCGUUCAUCAGGAGGCCAUCAGAUGACUCCCCAAUAGAUCUGCCAUACAUUGUAUCUUGGCUUGUGAUACGAGAAUAGGAAUGGCUUAGCCAUUAGCCGACGAUCAUUUAGAAUCGUCGUCGAUUUUGGAACAAGCAAAUGUUUUCUGAUGAUAAGGUUUAGGGAACAGUAAGUACAUUGUAUUUACGUGUCAACAUUCCAAAAUAAACAUAUUGAAGAGUUGUAUACAGAGUUAUAUUUAACUGAUCUUGAAUUGAAGGAAAUCAUUCUAAGUUGAACUUGAGAAGCAGAUGUCAGAUGAAAACGCUGUACAUGUGUGUGUUGUCUUCUUCCUAGGUUUCAAUGUGCUCGCCUGACUACCUGACUGCAUAUGUGAUUGAGAUUAGGAUUAUACCCUUUUUAUGAGACUAACCAAUUUCUAUAAGGAUGCUUCUGUGGAUCUUAGUGUACGGAUUACUUUUGUCUCUUUUAAGACGCUUUAUACAAUAUAUACAUGUAUAACUCAAAUGUGAUGUAGGAGGUACCAAACAAAUAUAACAAGUAUGAAAUUUAAAUUGGUCUUCCGUUUAUUAUUUUCGACAUAUAUAUCGUACUCCAUCACACCGGCUAAAUGAUAAACCCUAAAACCAUCCAAACGCCUUUCCCUAUUACUACUCAAUAGAGGAUAACACGGAAUACUACACACAAAAGAAUAAUCACGUUUAAUAAAUGGAUAUUCUGAAAAUAUUCGUUGCUG